AGUUGAAAGCAUAGGGGCUGUGGUGCAUUUUUUCCCACAAAACUAAAAGUCCAGCAGAUUCCGGCUUCGAAACCACAAAGAAAGACAAAUGGCCGCCGUCGGAGUACACACCACCCUCUCCGUCUACUUCUCUCCCCCGCCGCCGCUACACAUUUCGCUCAAAGGGCACCGAUUCUCCAAUGUUCCUAUUUCCGGCCCAAGAUUUGCGCCGGCGGCGUGCAACAGAUCUGGCAGGAAACCAUCCGCCGGCAGCAAAUUCAGAGCGGUUUUCCGACGAAGCAAGGGAAAUGAUCUGAGAGAGGAGGCGUUCGUGGACCAAAACGGCGUCGUAGAAGACAUGGACGCCUAUCUCGACCAUCUCUCCCCGGAAUACGCCUCCGUUUGGGACACCAAGCCCUCCUGGUGCCAGCCAUGGACAAUAACAACAACUGGUAUAGUGGCAAUCACUGGAAGCUGGCUGGUUUUGCACUCUCCCAUUGCCACACUUGUGGUUCUGGCUUUGGUCUCCACAUGGUGGUAUACCUUUCUCUACUCUUAUCCCAAAGCGUACGCGCCGAUGGUGGCCAAGAGAAAGGAGAGAGUAACAAAUGGACUUGAAGACACAUAUGGCUCAAAGAAGAGUGGUCUCUAAUGAUGAAAUUUCAUGUUCUCAAACAUUUGAUGUGCAUACAUGUGUAAUAAAUGAUGAAAUUAUAUUCUCCCUCCAUCCCAAAAAGUUUAAGUUGAACAAUUUUUCCUUUUCGAACGUCCAAAAAAUACGGCUCUCUCUUGUUUGAACAAAGAGUUGUUUUUUCGCAAUUUUAAGAUCCACACGUGAAAUGUGAACCUUCUCAUAUUUUGGCAAAUGAUUUUUUUUUUGCAAAAGGACUAAUUCUUUUAUGAUAUUAAUGCACUAAGAUUUUUGAAAUGAACAGAAACCAUAAUA